UUUGCUCUGGGUGACUCACAGAUUUCCAAACUUAAGAUUGCUUAUAUAAAGAGCGCUGGAGUUCAGUGCGCAUUAGGAUCAGGGAUCCGGGGCGGUGUGGAUGCGGAAUGGACGCCAUGCUAGAAAACCCGGUCUUCUCCUCCUUUGUGUUCUACAGCACACUGUUAAUCCUGAAGAUGUACACCAUUGCUGUCAUCACUGGACAAGUGAGGCUGCGGAAAAAGGCUUUUGCUAAUCUAGAGGAUGCAGAGCGCCAUGGAGGAGCACAAUUCUGCCGCACAGACCCAUACGUAGAGCGCUGCAGGAGGGCUCAUAUGAACGACAUGGAAAAUGUCUAUCCCUUCUUUUUUCUGGGUGCCAUCUACUCCAUGACAGGGCCAUCACUGGUGAUAGCACAAGGUCACUUCCUGGUCUUCUUCUUGGGUCGAACCAUGCACACUGUGGCUUACUUGCUUGCCCUUAAAGCACCAACACGCUCAUUAUCCUACAUUAUUGCUCAAGUUCCUUGUGUCUCAAUGGCCAUCCAGAUACUUCUUACUGUGGGUUUUUAGGUGUGAGCUUAUUUUGAAGGCAGAACUCAAUAAUAUUUUAAAAUUUAAAAAUUAUUGAUAGCUAGAAGACUAAAUAUGAUACUUAAACACAGUGGAAUAAUUAAAUAAACAUUUCAUUGAUGUGUUAAAUGGAUCAUUGUUUAAAGUUGCAAGACACCAUUUCCCCCUUUUUUGAUGUGUGCAAAAAGCAGAUGUUUCCUUUUCAUGAGCUUCACCCUGUGAUUAAUCAACGGAACCUUUAUCUUUUGAGGUUUUUUUCCCCUGAUAAUCUGCCCAUUAGUGCAAAACACACAAAACAUCAUCAGCAAAAUAAAAUGGAAGAUGGAUGCCUUUUUAAACAUUACAUGCUUGAUGCUAAUUGAACAGAACAACUGAAAAUCGCAAGGCAAGAUUUCAAUUUGUAUAUAUGUUACUUGAGAUUGUUUUUUUUUAUCACACCGAAAUUUCAUCUAUGCUGGUCUAAUGUGACCUUUACCUUCAGGUAAAGGAUGCCUGAUAUUUAAUACCAGUAUGUUGUAAUAACAUUAAAAAGUUAUAGUGUAUAGAGUUUUGGUACUGUAUUUUUCCACAGUGUAUUGUAUAAUAAAUUAUUAUCUAUA